AUGAUUGCUUUUUGUAGAGAUAAUAGACCACCCACUUCAGGCACUGGUGCCUCGGCCAACCGUGUACCAAAUAAAUCCAGAUGGAUACCCCCAAGCAGUCUAAGACGCGAUGCCAAAUAUGGAGAAGAAAAAUAUGACCAGAUAUUCCGUCGUGUUAGAGGAAUCCUUAACAAAUUGAGUCCAGAGAAAUUUGAUAAACUAAGUCUUGAAUUAUUAAAUGUAGGAAUAGAUUCUCAAGUUAUCCUUAAAGGAAUAAUAUUAUUGAUUUUUGAAAAGGCUCUAGAGGAAGUAAAAUAUAGUACAUUGUAUGCACAACUAUGUCAGCGACUAUGUGACGACGCACCAAACUUUGAACCCCCUGACUCUAACAUCACAACUUUUCGCCGUCUAUUAUUAAAUAAGUGCCAAGAUGAAUUUGAAAACAGAUCAAGAGCAACCGAAGCUUUUGACAAACAAGAUGGCCCACUUUCAGACGAAGAAGCAGAACAAUAUUAUUUGGCAAAAUGGAAAAUGCUUGGCAACAUCAAAUUUAUCUGUGAGCUGGGCAAACUACAAAUGCUUCAUGAAGGAAUUCUGCAUAAAUGCAUCAAACAGUUGUUGGAGAAGAAAAAGAACACACCAGUACUGGACAUGGCUGAAGACCUUGAAUGUCUCUGUCAGAUAAUGCGAACUGUCGGCCCUCGUCUGGACACAAGCCGGGCGAAGGCAUGGAUGGAUCAAUAUUUUGAGCGAAUAAGAUAUUUUGCUGGUAAUGAUGAGUUGCCACGGAGAAUUCGCUUUAUGCUGCAAGAUGUGGUGGAGUUGAGAGCAAAAAAGUGGAAACCACGUCUUCAUGCAACCACAGCAGGACCUAAAACAAUUACUGAAAUUAGACAACAAGCAGCUGCUGAACUUGGAGUUUUUAUCCAGCCACAACAGAGUAGAAUGUCUAAUAUGAUCGGUAAUAGGUCAAUGAAUGGGGGACUGGCGCAGAGUAUGAAGGGGGGGAUGGGUGAUCUUUUUAAUUAUAUGAUAGGAACAGGACCAGGGGUGAUAUCGUUAGACUCUAAUACAACACAACAAUACAACUCGUCUGGUAUAGGACGCAAUAGGAAUCAUCAAAAUCAAGGUGGAACAGCUGCAAGAGAUUUGCCUCCACGAUUUCAACGUAUGAAUGUUCAACACCCUCCACCUAGCUCACCGCCCGUAUCUACAUCUUCUUCACCAACCACUAAUGGUAUGUCAUCAACAACUAUGCCACCUCGGGAAGAUGUUAGUCUCAGACCUGUCAAAAACUUUAAUUUUAAACCUAACACCCCAAAAGCACUGCCCAAGUCGGCAAUGGCACCUACCAAUAGUCAAGGUUGGUCUUUGAGACCCAGUAACCAAGAUCCUACGACUCAUGAACCGUUACCAAUUAAACAGAUAGUAGUACAAGAUAAGAAUAAAAGUAAUAAUAAAAAGUCUGGAAUUAGUAAGGAAGAAGUUCUGAAAAUAGCUAAUCAGAUAGUAGAUGAUAACAUAAGUAAUGAUAGUACUAGUGAUGUUAUUAAUAUUAUUAAAGAAGCUAAUAUUCCCAGAAAGAUGUUACCUACUGUUGUAUCUAGAUUGUUAAUGGGUGUCCUUGAAAAAACUGAUGAUGAUCGUGAAAACGUUAUAAAAAUCCUAUGUGCUUUAAAAGAGGAAAAUAUGGUCAACUCAGAGCACAUAAUUGAGGGACUGAAAAGCGUCAUUGAUCAACUACCAGAAUUAGAGAAAGAAAUACACACAGUUAAAUCCUACAUAGCUAAAUAUGGUGCUAUGGCAGUUACUAAGGGAUUGAUUAGUUUAGCUGAGCUAGCUGAACCACUGUAUAAUGGGGUUCAAUACCCAUUAUUUAUGUUGUGUUUACAACAGAUGCAUAAAAUGAAAGACAAGGAUUGGCUAUUGACAACAUACAAUAAUAGUAAACUGGAUCUUAUGAAAAUGCUGCCAGAAUUGGAUCAGAAGAGAGAAAGAUUAAUAGAAACAUUAGAAGAUAGAGGAUUAAGUUUUCUAUUCCCACUAAUGAAGAUACAGUGUGAAUUGACAAAACAGAUACAAUGUGAACCCUCUGCUACAUCAUUGUUUAAAUGGAUUAAAGAACAUGUUGAUAAUGAUAUGCAGAAAGAUCCUAGAUUUAUUAAUAUCCUGAUGACAAGUAUAAUCAAAUAUAUUGCUGAAGAGACAACUCUAGCGAAUAAUAUAGAUAAAAAUACACUACCAGAUAAAUCUGUUAUUGAAAAAGAAAAAGAUCUCUUGGACAAGAUGAAGGUAGUACUACAGAUGUUUUUAAGAGAUCAUAUGAAACUCAAUGUGGUGGCAUUAUAUGCUGUACAAGUAUUUUGUCAUCAACAUAGUUUCCCUAAAGGAAUGUUAUUACGAUUCUUUAUGAAUUUCUAUGAUAUGGAGAUUAUUGAAGAAGAGGCAUUUUUACAUUGGAAGGAAGAAGUCAAUGACGAGUAUCCUGGGAAAGGAAAAGCUUUGUUUCAGGUAAACCAAUGGUUAACUUGGUUAGAACAAGCUGAAGAAGAAUCAGAAGAUGACUCUGAUGAUGAAUAA